GUACUAUUUCACAUGAAACGUCACAAGAUUAAGUGGACAAUUUUAAGAUGUGACCAAACUUUCAUCAUAAGUGAAGUGGGUCAGUGAAUUCAGAGCAUUGACCUGCCCAGGUUUAUUUGUCCAUACUCUGGUUGAUGUGUAACAGACAUUUAUAUAAAAAUUGGACGUCAGGGUCUUCUUCAUAAUCAAACAUGGAGUCUCUUCUGGCGCAGCUCGGCUUGGACUGCAGCAGCCUUCUCUUAUUUUUGUGCAUUUUUCUCCUGGUGUUUGACGUCGUCAAGUAUGGAAACCCGAAAAACUUCCCUCCCGGUCCCUGGCCACUUCCUUUUAUUGGGGACAUGCAUCGUUUGGAUCCCCACAACAUUCACCUACAGUUGGCAGCGCUUUCACAGAAGUACGGAAGAAUAUUCAGCCUUCGUCUCUUUGGUGUGCGAGUUGUGGUCUUGAACGGCUACAAGGUGUUCAGAGAAGCCAUAGUUGUGAACGCGGAGGAUUACAUGGAUCGCCCCAACUUACCGCUCCUCGAAGAAGCCCUUCGUCAUCGAGGUCUGCUCAUGACAAAUUCCUAUUUGUGGAAGAAGCAGAGGAGAUUUGCUCUUCAUAAUCUCAGGAAUUUUGGCCUCGGAAAGAGAAAACUAGAGCCGAUAAUCCAGGAAGAAGCCAACUAUCUCGCAGAGACCUUCGACCAGCAUCAAGGCAAACCUUUUGAUGUCCACUGCCACUUACACAGAGCCGUGGCCAAUAUUAUAUUUCGCCUAUUGUUCGCUGAACGAUUUGAGUACGACGACGAGAAAUACCACCACAUUCUUGACUUGUACAAUAAGAUACAAGAUGUUCAGGAAUCUGCCUGGGUACCGAUUUACAACACGAUACCUUGGUUACUGAAGUGGUUCCCUGGACCUCAUCAGAUGUUCAUGACUGCGAUGAAGUCCAUUAUUGAAUUUAAAGCCCAAAAGAUAAAAGAGCACGGACAAACUCUGGACCCGUCCUCACCAAGAGAUUACACUGACUCCUUCCUGAUAGAAAUGAUGCAGAAUAUUGACAGAGAUGCAGGUUUUGAUGUGGAGAAUUUGGCUUUUAACACCAUGGACCUGGCACUUGCAGGAUCUGUAACCACGGCCACGACUCUGAGAUGGGCUCUGAAAUACAUAACGCAUGAUCCACAUGUGCAAGAGAGAGUCCACGCUGAGAUUGACGCUGUCAUUGGCACAUCCCGACAACCGUCCAUUGCAGACCGAGACAACAUGCCGUACACCAACGCAGUGAUCCACGAGUGUCAGAGGAUGGGCAACGUUCUGCCGCUGAAUGUGAUGCACAUGACGGCCAAGGAGACCAAACUGGACAAAUACACGAUACCCAAGGGAACGCUUAUCAUCCCCUCGCUGGACUCCGUUCUUCACGAUGACACGGUGUGGGAAACUCCACACUCCUUCAACCCUGAACAUUUCCUGGAUAAGGAUGGAAACUUCCGGAGGAGAGAUGCCUUUGUCCCUUUUUCAGCAGGCAAACGUGUGUGUGUUGGGGAGCAGCUGGCAAGGAUGGAGUUGUUUCUCUUCAUCACCACCCUGAUGCAAAGGUUCUCUCUCUCUCUGCCUCCUGGAGAGCAGCCAAGUCUGGAGUACACCUUCGGGUUAGUUCGCCGGCCAAAAGACAGCCUCCUCUGCGCUGUCCCUCGAUGAGGCAUCAGCUCCGAAUUGCUGCUUAAGUUCUCAAGUUCUCUCAGUCAUGAAAUCCCCUAGCUUGACCACAGAGAUCGAAAUUAAACUCUUGUCAUUAUUGAUGUUUUUGUGUGCAUUAAAACCAAAUUGUGAAUUGUACACCUGCUGUGGAUUCAUGUGAUUAUAAUAUUUCUUUUCUUGUCCUUUCCUUCCUUGUCCUACGUUACAUGCUGUUUUUGUUUUUGUCUGAAAUCCCAAGAUGAAAUUAAAAAAUGGUCUUAAACCCACUGCAUAUCAAGAUUUACUGUGGCUCCAGUAGAACCCCUGGAUCCACCACUGGAGAAGUGUGACCACUGUUAAAGCUGUGAAUUGCAAACAAUGUGAUCUCAAAUUCAUGUAAUGAUUUUUCUGCCAUGUUUAUUUUGUGACAACCCUCAGCUGGUCAUUGUAGGGCUGCUGGUGGUAUCUCUGGGAGAAUGAAAAGAACAUUUCAGAGGCUGAGGAAAGUCAAUAAAC